CAGCCUAACCCCGAGCCGCAAAGGCACUGCCGGGGGACUUGGGGGGACCUCCUGCUGCACGUCCCUGCCAUCGCUGGGGUUUCUGUUUUAUUUUGCUGAAGGGGAAAGGGGGGAACCAAAAGCAACAUGGUCCCCCCACGUCCUCUGUUCCCCUUUUCCCCCUUCCCCCUUCUGUCAUCUCAGUAGGAAGCGGCUGUUACCCUGCCCAGAGCUUUUUACCUCCUCAGACCCUGACAAGACUCCAGGUAACCAAGAUGGAUUACAGCUCGUUCAGUGGAGUCCCCCGAUUCUUGACCCGGCCUAAGGCAUUUAUGGUGUCUGUGGGGAAGGAUGCCACCCUGAGCUGCCAGAUCAUUGGGAACCCCAUCCCAGUUGUGAGCUGGGAAAAGGAUAAACUUCCAGUCCAGUCUGGGGGAAGGUUUAAAACAACAGAAGAUGGGGAUCUCUAUCGGCUAACAAUCUAUGAUCUGAGCCUGGAGGACAGUGGCCAAUACAUCUGCCGGGCCAAGAACACCAUUGGGGAGGCGUUUGCUGCUGUCAGUAUCAAAGUUGGAGAGGAGACCACGGUAACAGAGUCAGCCCCGUAUUUCAUCCAGAAACCGUCCUCCAUUAAAGUAACUUUGGGUGAGGAUGCCAUGUUCAAAUGUAAAGUUCAGGGCAGCCCUCCCCUCUCGGUGAACUGGGAGAAAGACGGGAGACACCUGCGGAACCGGGCCGACGCAGGCCGCUUCCAGAUCGAGUCUGCCGGGGAGUCAAAUGCUCUCACCAUCCAAUGUGCCCGGCUGGGGGACAGCGGCACGUACACGUGCCGGGCGGAGAAUCUCAUCGGCUCUGCCAGCGCUUCAGCUGCGCUGGUGGUGGAAACGCAGGGCUCUUUGAACCCAGGCAGCAGCAGCCAUUUUGACACCAGCUGCGGCAAGACGGCUUCCUUGUUGUCUCACUUGCAAAAGAGGCGGGAGGAGAUCAGGAAGACGGACAUAGCCCAUGGGUCUCUUGAUUCUACAGCUGCCCAGUCUUACUCCUUGACAGAAGGGCUGUCCAGCAUCGGUUACAGCCUCUCCCGGGACUACGAACGGGCGGCUGGCCUCACCACCAAAGGGGCCCGCAACGCAACCUUCGGGGCGCUGACACGCAUGUGCAGCGUGACGGAGGGCAAGCACGCUAAGCUGAGCUGCUACGUGACGGGUGAGCCCAAGCCUGAGAUCGUGUGGAAGAAGGACAACGAGGUCAUUUCGGAAGGGCGGCGGCAUGUCAUCUACGAGGACGAUCAGGAGAACUUUGUGCUGAAGAUCCUCUUCUGCAAGCAGGUAGACAACGGGCUGUACACCUGCACGGCCUCUAACCUGGCGGGCCAGACCUACAGCUCCGUGUUGGUCACUGUCAAAGAACCCUCGAUACCCUUCAAGGAAAAACUGAAGGAUCUUGAGGUUCGGGAGAAGGAAUCUGCCACCUUCCAGUGCGAGGUACCUGUUCCUAGUACGGAGACGGCUUGGUUCAAGGAGGAAACCAAACUCCGGCAGAGCAAGAAAUACAACAUCGAGGAAGAGGGCACGUACCGCCGGCUCACCGUCCAGAACGUCACUGCAGACGAUGAUGCCGUCUAUAUCUGUGAGAUGAAAGAAGGGAGCAGGACCAUUGCAGAGCUGUCUGUCCAAGGGAACAUCAUUAAAAAACUUCCACGAAAGACUGCAGUUUCCAUAAACGAUACAGCCAUCUUCUGUGUGGAGCUGGACAACGAAUGCCAGAACAUCCGCUGGCUGAAAAACAAAGAGGAGGUGAAAGCCAGUGAUCGAAUCUCCAUCACAUGCUCCGGCAAGCAACACACCAUGAUCAUCCGAGAGUGUACGAUGGAAGACGCUGGCGAAAUUGCCUUCUUGGCUGAUGACAGCAGGACUUCUACCCGGUUCACUGUGACCACUCCCAAGAAACCACCCACACAACCCCCAGUUGACCCCGUGGUGAAAAAUAAAACAGAAACCUCAGUGACGCUAGCAUGGUCCCCUCCGAAGCUGGACCGCCCCAUUCCAAUCGAUGGCUACGUAGUGGAACGCAAGAAACUAACUGGCUUUACCUGGGUGAGGUGCCACGAGUCUCAUGUCCCUGUCCCUGAGUUCACGGUGAGCAAUCUGGCAGAAGAAGCUGAUUACCAGUUCCGAGUGUCUGCUGUCAACGCGCAUGGACAGAGCCCGUAUCUGGAAUUCCCAGGGAGCUUGCACCUUGAACCGGUCCUGGCUGUGAAAACCCCCUUGACAACCGCUGAAGCUGUACCUGGAGGGGACGCCAUGUUCACUAUUGACCUCACAAAAACGUGUUCUGGAACUUGGUACCUUAAUGGUAAAGUCUUGCAGGAAAGUGAGACCUAUAUCAUUAAGAGAACCCAAACUACUCACAACCUAAUCAUAAAGAAUGUCACCAAGAACGACGAUGGAGCAGAAGUGAAAUUUGUUGCCAACAAUGUUGAUAUGAGCACCAAGAUGAGAGUGAGAGGUGCUGCAGUGAGAUUUACCAACAAGAGCAGAGAUAUAGAAAAGGUCUCUGCUCGGCUGCGUGAGGAAGCCAAACUUCAGGCUGAGCUUUCAGACAUAGAUGCUACUGUGAAGUGGAUGAAGGAUGGGAAAGAGCUCAAGGCCAGUGAAAAAUAUGAACUUCAAGCUGUGGGGAAGAGGCACAUCCUGAAAAUUUGCAACAUUGCAACAGAGGAUGCUGGAGUUUAUCAGUGCAUCUGUGAAGGGGAUAAAAUGGUCUUCCAGCUUUCAGUGAAAGCACUUGCAAACUUCAUAAACAAAGAGAAAACUGGAGGAGUUAUCAGGGCCAUCACUGGAAAACAGGCUGAAUUUGUUUCUGAGACCUCUGAAGCCAACAUCAUGGUUAAGUGGUAUAAAGAUGGCAAAGAAAUCACGGCGAGCAAGAAAUUCACCAUGGAAGAUAAGGGGAAGCUGCAUAAGCUUGUGGCUUCAGCUGUGACAAAAGAAGAUGAGGGAACAUACACAUGCAAAAUUGGAGAUGACACUCUUAUUUUUGAUUUAAAAGUCUCAGAUGAAGCUGUUAAUUUUGUCAACAAGCCCAAAACAACUCCGGAAAUAUCAGUCAGUCCUUCUGAAAACCUUGAGCUGGUGUGUGAGGUGUCGGCUGCAAGUGGAACUGUCGUAUGGAAGAAGGAUCAAACUGAGGUGAAGCAGGACCAGAGGACAACAAUCAUCUCUCAGGGGACACACCGCAAGCUCAUCAUCAAAAAUGUAACACUGCAAGACCAAGGGAGCUAUACCUGUGAAACAAAGAACGACAAAGCAACAUUCCAAGUCAAAGUCAGAGAGAAAGAUGUGUUUACAAACAAGGACAAGGUACAAAAGGAGGUGAAGGCUGCACUGACACAAAAUGCCACGCUGGGCUGUGAGGUAGCCCAGGAGAAGACCGAUGUGAAAUGGUACAAGGAGGGGAAGCUGAUCACCUCGAGCAAGAAGUUCAAGGUGGAGUCGGAGGGCAAAUCUCGUCGGCUGGUGGUGAGUGAGGUGGAGAAGAAAGAUGCUGGGGAGUACAGCUGUGAGGCUGCUGGCCAGAAGCUGACCUUCAAGAUUGUUGUCACAGAAGUAGAAGACGGUUUUAUCAACAAGGACAAAGUGCAGAAGGAGGUGAAAGCUGCACUGACACAAAAUGCCACGCUGAGCUGCGAGGUGGCCCAGGAGAAGACCGAUGUGAAAUGGUACAAGGAGGGGAAGCUGAUCACCUCGAGCAAGAAGUUCAAGGUGGAGUCGGAGGGCAAAUCUCGUCAGCUGGUGGUGAAUGAGGUGGAGAAGAAAGAUGCUGGGGAGUACAGCUGUGAGGCUGCUGGCCAGAAGCUGACCUUCAAGAUUGUUGUCACAGAGCCAGAAGCUGUAUUUACAAACAAGGAGAAGGUGCAGAAGGAGGUGAAAGCUGCACUGACACAAAAUGCCACGCUGAGUUGUGAGGUGGCCCAGGAGAAGACCGACGUGAAAUGGUACAAGGAGGGGAAGCUGAUCACCUCGAGCAAGAAGUUCAAGGUGGAGUCAGAGGGCAAAUCUCGUCGGCUGGUGGUGAAUGAGGUGGAGAAGAAAGAUGCUGGGGAGUACAGCUGUGAGGCUGCUGGCCAGAAGCUGACCUUCAAGAUUGUUGUUACAGAAGCAGAGGAUGCUUUUGUGAACAAGGAGAAGGUACGGAAGGAGGUGCAGGCAGCCACAAAAGAAAAUGCCACGCUGAGCUGCGAGGUGGCCCAGGAGAAGACCGACGUGAAAUGGUACAAGGAGGGGAAGCUGAUCACCUCAAGCAAGAAGUUCAAGGUGGAGUCGGAGGGCAAAUCUCGUCGGCUGGUGGUGAGUGAGGUGGAGAAGAAAGAUGCUGGGGAGUACACCUGUGAGGCUGCUGGCCAGAAGCUGACCUUCAAGAUUGAUGUCACAGAGCCAGAAGUUGUAUUCACAAACAAGGAGAAGGUGCAGAAGGAGGUGAAAGCUGCACUGACACAAAAUGCCACACUGAGCUGCGAGGUGGCCCAGGAGAAGACCGAUGUGAAAUGGUACAAGGAGGGGAAGCUGAUCACCUCGAGCAAGAAGUUCAAGGUGGAGUCAGAGGGCAAAUCUCGUCAGCUGGUGGUGAAUGAGGUGGAGAAGAAAGAUGCUGGGGAGUACAGCUGUGAGGCUGCUGGCCAAAAACUGACCUUCAAGAUUGUUGUCACAGAGCCAGAAGCUGUAUUCACAAACAAGGAGAAGGUGCAGAAGGAGGUGAAAGCUGCACUGACACAAAAUGCCACGCUGAGCUGCGAGGUGGCCCAGGAGAAGACCGAUGUGAAAUGGUACAAGGAGGGGAAGCUGAUCACCUUGAGCAAGAAGUUCAAGGUGGAGUCGGAGGGCAAAUCUCGUCGGCUGGUGGUGAGUGAGGUGGAGAAGAAAGAUGCUGGGGAGUACAGCUGUGAGGCUGCUGGCCAGAAACUAACCUUCAAGAUUGUUGUCACAGAAGUAGAGGAUGGUUUUAUCAACAAGGAGAAGGUGCAGAAGGAGGUGAAAGCUGCACUAACAGAAAAUGCCACACUGAGCUGCGAGGUGGCCCAGGAGAAGACCGACGUGAAAUGGUACAAGGAGGGGAAGCUGAUCACCUCAAGCAAGAAGUUCAAGGUGGAGUCAGAGGGCAAAUCUCGUCGGCUGGUGGUGAAUGAGGUGGAGAAGAAAGAUGCUGGGGAGUACAGCUGUGAGGCUGCUGGCCAGAAAAUGACCUUCAAGAUUGUUGUCACAGAGCCAGAAGCUGUAUUCACAAACAAGGAGAAGGUGCAGAAGGAGGUGAAAGCUGCACUAACAGAAAAUGCCACACUGAGCUGUGAGGUGGCCCAGGAAAAGACCGAUGUGAAAUGGUACAAGGAGGGGAAGCUGAUCACCUCGAGCAAGAAGUUCAAGGUGGAGUCAGAGGGCAAAUCUCGUCGGCUGGUGGUGAAUCAGUUGGAGAAGAAAGAUGCUGGGGAGUACACCUGUGAGGCUGCUGGCCAGAAAAUGACCUUCAAGAUUGAUGUCGCAGAGCCCAAACCUGCAUUUAUAAACCAGGAAAAGGUACAGAAGGAGGUGAAUGCUGUCCUGACUGAAAGCGCCGUUCUCAGCUGUGAGGUAGCGCAGGAUGCAACUGAAGUAAAAUGGUACAAGGAUGGCAGACUGCUUGUUUCCUCUAGAAAGUUCAAAAUAGAAACAGUGGGUAAAACCCGCCGUCUGGUUGUAGAGCAGCUGGAAAAGAAAGAUGCUGGAGAAUAUAUCUGUGAGGCUGCUGGCCAGAAACUGACCUUCAAGUUGGAACCAACUGAACCAGAGGCUAAAUUUGAAAAUAAAGUUGUCCAGAAGGAGCCCCUCAUUGUUCAAGAACAUGAAAGCAUCACUUUGACUACUUCAGUAACGCCUGAAACUGCUGUAGUAAAGUGGUUCAAAGAUGGAGCAGAAAUCAGAGCAAACAAGAAGUAUGAGAUCAAGAGCGAGGGGGCAUCCAGGACUCUGACAGUGAACCUGGCGGAGAGCACAGACACUGCUGUGUACACCUGCAAGACAAAAAGUGACAAGCAGGAAUUCAAAGUACAGGUCAAAGAAAUCCCAGUGAAGUUUGCCAAAAAGCUUGAAGCUGUUAAUGCUGAGAUUGGAGGCAGCGUGUCUUUGACCUGUGAAGUCAGCCAUGCCAAAGGGAAGGUGGUGUGGCGCAGGAAUGGAGUUGAGAUCAAGCCCAGCAAACGUUUCCAAAUUCACGAGGAGGGUGUCAAACGAACCCUGACAAUAACAGGCAUCCGGGCUGAGGAUGAGGGAGAGUACUUCUGUGAGUCCAGAGAUGACAAGAGCAGCGUUACCAUCACCCCCAAAGCUCCCAGAGUGGUGAAAUUUGUUACGAGUCUCAACAGUGUGGUCUCUGAGGAAGGAAAAGAAGCUGUGUUCAAGUGCACCGUUUCUCCCAGUGAUGCUGUAGUCACGUGGCUCAGGAAUGGUGUCAAGAUCGAAGCCAGCAAGAAGUAUGUGAUCUCACAGAAGGACACCAACCACAGUCUCACGAUCACUGAUCUGACACUGGAAGAUGCAGCUGAAAUCUCUGCCAAUGCGGAGGGUGUAGAAAGCACAGCCAAUCUCAGAGUCCGAGAGGCCUCAAUAUCCUUCAAGAAGAAACUGGAGGCCAGAACAGUUGAAGAGAAGGAUACAGUGACCUUGGAAGUAGAACUGACCAAGCCUGCAGAGGUGAAGUGGAUGAGGAACAGCAUCGUAUUGAAGCCCAGUGAAAAAAUAGAGAUCAAAACUGAGGGAACAAAGCAUAUCUUGGUGGUUAAGGACAUCUCCUUUGCAGACAGGGGCUUUUACUGCUGUGAGAGUCCUGAUGACAAGACCCAAGCCAAGAUCAAUGUGGAAAUGAGGCAGAUCAAGCUGGUGAAAGGCCUUCAGCCCCUCGAAGUCUCUGAGAAAGGGACUGUCACCUUUGAGGUGGAGGUGUCCCACGAGGAUGUGGAAGGGACCUGGCAGAAGGACGGCGUUCGGCUGAAGCCUGCCCAAAAUAUCAGUAUGGGCGUCCAGGGGAAGAAGCAUUCACUGACACUUUCUUCUGUGACUCUUGAAGAUGCAGGACUCAUCUCCUUCAAGGCAGAUGGCAUUCACUCGUCAGGGAGGCUCACUGUGACAGAAUUGCCUGUGAAAAUCAGCAAACCAUUGGUAGAUGUUAGUGUAACUCAGAAGGACAAGGUCACAUUUGAGUGCGAGCUGUCCAGGCCCAACGUGGAUGUUAAGUGGUUCAAGGAUGGGAAGGAGCUCCGGCAAAGUAAAAAAGUGGGAAUUGUUUCCCAAGGAAAUAAGAGGAGUCUCGUUAUUCACAAGUGUGAAUAUGAAGACCAGGGAACCUACAUGUGUAAAGCAGCUGAAGACAAGACAUCAGCUACCCUAAAGGUUCAUGCCCGAGAUAUCAAGAUUGUUAAACCACUGGAAGAUGUGGAGGUGAAUGAAUAUGAGAGUGCAUCUUUCGUCUGUGAGAUUUCACAUGAUGAGGUCCAAACCCAGUGGUACAAAGAUGACAGCAAGCUGAAGGCUGAUGACAAUAUUAGAAUGCGUCAAGAUGGAAAGACCUACUCACUGACUUACGCGCGUGUCCAAGUGAAAGAUGCAGCAGAGAUCAAAUUUGUCGCUGAAAAGGCAGAAUCUCGUGCCCAGCUUAGAGUGAAAGAGCUGCCUGUAAAAAUUGUGAAGCCUUUGCGGGAUAAGAUUGCACUUGAAAAACAUCGGGGAUUCCUGGAAUGCCAAGUAUCUCGUGCCAACGCUGAAGUUAGAUGGUAUAAAAAGGAUAUGGAAAUUCACCCUAGUGACAAAUAUGAAAUUGUGAGCGAAGGUGUCUAUCGGAAACUCAUCAUCAACGAUGCAGAUUAUGAAGAUGAGGACACGUACACUUGUGAUGCCUUUGAUGACAAAAGCAGUGCUCAUUUCUUUGUUGAAGAGCAAUCCAUUAAUAUUAUAAAGGAGCUGUGUGAUGAGGACGUGACUGAGCCCGAAGAAGCCAAAUUUGAAUGUGAGAUAUCCAUUCCAUCUGUGAAACCCCCCAAAUGGUAUCUACGUGGAGAAGUCUUACAGGCUGGCAGAAACAUUAUCAUGCAGCAAGAAGGCACCAUCCACCGGUUGACAAUACUGAAAACCAGCGCCGAUAUGACAGGCACCGUUCAGUUCUCCAUCGGCAAAUCAAAAUCCACAGCAAACCUGCUUGUCAGAGAUUACCAUAUACAGAUCACCAGGAAGAUGGAGGAUAAGACAGCUUUGGAACGCCAUUCUGUCAUCCUGUCUUGUGACUUCAGACCUUCUCCAAAGGUUGUGAAAUGGUUCAAGGGCCACACUCCCAUUGAGCCCUCUGAAAAGUACAAGAUGAAGCGGGAGAAGCAUUCAGCAGAGCUCAAGAUUCUGAAGGUGAAGCCUGAAGAUGCUGGUGUGUACAAGUGCAGGGCAGGAAAUGCAGAGACUGAAGCCACACUGACAGUUGAAGCCCGCAACGUAGAAGUAAUCAAACACCUGCAGGAUGUGGAAGUUGAAGAAGAGAGCUCUGCUGUCUUCUCCUGCAAGCUGUCCCAUGAUGACGAGGAUGUGGAAUGGUUCCUGAACGGCACCCUCCUUUACACCAACAAUUUCAAUGACAUCAAGAAUGUUGGCAACUGCUACAUGCUGACGAUGAAGCAGGUCAAGCCUGAAGAUGCUGGCACAGUGACAAUGAAGUCAGACAAGGUGUCAGAGACCGCGCAUCUGAAGGUGAUAGAGAAGCCUGCUGUCUUCAUGAAAUCCUUGGAUGAUGUUUUUGGUGAGGAGCGGGGUGUAAUUAAACUGGAAUGUGAAGUCUCCAAAGAGAAGGUCAAACCUGUUUGGAAAAAGGAUGGUGUGGUGCUCACUGCUGGAAACAAGUAUGAGCAGAUACAGUCUGGGAAGACUCUGUGUCUCCUUAUCCAUGACCUCGAAAAGACAGAUGCAGGUCUAUACACCUGUGAUAUUGGCACUGAUGUUGCCAAGUCAAAGGUCAGCAUUCAGGAGCUGAACAUUGGCAUUACCAAACGGCUGAAGAACACUGAAAUCCAGGAGGGAGAAGACUGUACGUUCGAGUGCAUUUUGUCCCAUGAAAGCAUUGAUGACUUCAACUGGACACUGAAUGGGAGCAAAGUGGAAAGUGGAGGGCGAUUUAAAGCCUUUAACAUGGGUCGGAAGUAUACUCUGAGCAUCAAAAGUGCGAUUCCUGAUGAUAGUGGGGAAGUCAUUUUCACUGCCCGUGGUCUAAUCUCCAAGGCCUCUCUGGUUGUGAAAGAAAAGCCUACGGAGGUUACAAAACAACUGGAGGACAAAACAGCAGCAGCGGGGCAGGACAUCAGCCUGAGCUGCGAAUUGUCAAAGCCCGAUGUGAGCAUCAGGUGGUACAAGGAUGGCAAAGCAAUCCGAAAAAGCCAGAAGUAUGACUUGCAGCAAGAGGGAACACGGGCCAUCCUGGUCAUCCAUGACUCCACAGUCAAGGACAGUGGGGAGUACACCUGUGAGACAGAAGUCUCUAAAACGAAAGCCAGGAUCACAGUGCAGGAAAAGCCUAAUUACUUUGUCGAGGAACUUUCAGAUCUGAAGGUCGAUGAAAGUGGAACUGCAGUUUUUACAUGCCAGAGUGAGAAAACUGCAUCCUCUGUGGUCUGGAGGAAAGGCAUAGCUGAACUCAGGGCUAGCAGGAAAUACGAGAUCACGCAGAAAGGACAAGUCCUGCAGCUGACCAUAAAUAAUUUGGAGAAAAGUGACAGUGACGUGUAUACCUGCGACAUUGGUGAUGCCCAGUCCAGAGCCAAGCUAGUUGUGCAAGGCCAGAAAGUGCUAAUAACAGAAGACCUGGAAGAUGUCACUGUGUUAGAAGGAGAAUCUGCCAUGUUCAAAUGCAGAAUCUCUCCUGUAGACUAUAGCAAAGUGCAGUGGUUUUUGGAUAAAACCCCACUUCAUACCAAUGAACUUAAUGACAUCCAGUCUCAGCCUGGUGGAUAUCACUUGCUAACACUGAAAAAGCUCUCACUGAAGGACUCGGGGGUCAUUACAUUUGAAGCUGGUGAUAAGAAAACAUCUGCCAGUUUGGUUGUUAAAGAAAAGCCCUGCAUCUUCACAAAGGAGCUGGUUGAUACUGAAGUCACUGAGGGAGAGGAUGUGAUUCUCCACUGUGAAAUCUCCAAAUCAGACAGCCCUGUAAAGUGGUGCAAAGACGGGAAGAGCCUUAGGAAUUCUUCUAAGUAUAACAUCAGCCGGUCGGGAUUUGAAGCCAAGCUGGUCAUUCACAGGGCAGAAGAAAGAGACAGUGGCAGAUAUGAGUGUGAGGCUGGAGCAGCUAAAAGUAGUGCGGUUAUUACUGUCAAGGAAAUACCAGUUCUCUUCAAGCAAGAGCUUCGAAAUGAAGAAGCUAAAGAAGGAAAACAAGUCAAACUGACCUGUGAGCUCAGCAAACCCGAUACCCCAGUGAAAUGGAUGAAAGGAGACACUGUUCUUUAUGCCAGUGAGAAGUAUGAAUUUAAGCAGCAUGGCACUGUGGCAGAGCUCAUUAUUCGAGAUGUCAAAUCGGUAGACUCUGGGGACUAUACCUGUACUGCUGGAGAACUGAAGACCACUGCUCAGGUGAAAGUAAAUGCUGUGCCUGUCCUUUUUAAACAAACCCUGGAGAACAAGGAAAUGGAAGAGGGGAAAUCUGUCUCUUUGCGCUGUGAACUCACAAAAGCUGAUGCCACUGUGGUGUGGAAGAAGGGAGAAGCCACACUCCAGGCAAGUGCCAAAUAUGAAAUGAAGCAGAAGGGGACAGUUGCAGAGCUGGUGAUUCAUAAUGCAGAGCCAGAAGAUGCGGGAAGAUACACCUGUGACACUGGAGACCAGCAGACCACAGCCCAAGUCAAAAUCCAUGCCGUCUCUGCACUCAUCGAAGAAGAGCUUAAGAGCCUGGAAGCUCUGGAAGGUGGGACAGCCACCCUGCGCUGCCAGCUGAGCAGAGAGGCCCCCGUGGAGUGGAGGAAGGGGCACACUGUUCUCAGGCCGAGUAACAAGUACAGGAUGAGACAAGAGGGCACAGUGGCUGAGCUGCUGAUCCAUGAUGUGGACGCAAAGGAUGCUGGAGACUAUACAUGUGUAGUGGGAAGCCAAAAAACCACAGCAGCCUUAUCAGUGAAUGCCCUGCCAGUCCGUUUCAAAAAAGAGCUGAAGAAUGAGGAAGCCACGGAGAGUGGGACGGCCACGCUGCAGUGUGAGCUGAGCAAGGCAGGCAGCUCGGUCGAGUGGAGGAAGGACGGAAAGGUCCUGAUGCCAAAUGGCAAAUAUAAAAUGAGACGGGAAGGCCGCUUUGCUGAGCUGGUAAUCCAAGACCUAGACUUGACCGAUGCUGGGAGUUACACCUGUGUGUGUGAAGACCAGAAGACUACAGCUACUUUGAGAGUGAAUGCCUUGCCCAUCCUCUUCCAAGAAGAAAUGGUGAACAAGGAAGCUACAGAGGGUGAGGCAGUUGCUUUGCACUGUAAACUGAGCAAAUCGGCUCCCGUUGAGUGGAGAAAGGGGAAUAAAGUCCUCAAACCAAGUGAAAAAUACAAAAUAGAGCAGGAAGGCCCCUUUGCGGAGCUGAUCAUCCAGGAUUUGGAUUUGACAGAUGCUGGUGAUUACAGCUGUGUGUGUGGAGAUCAACAGACUACAGCCGCUUUGACAAUAAAUGUCCUACCCACUCUUUUCACCAAAGAACUGAAAGAUGCAGAAGCUACAGAAGGUAAAAGUGUCUCUCUGCGCUGUGAGCUGAACAAGGCUGCUGCUAACGUGGAGUGGAAAAAGGGAUUCAAGACCCUCAAAUCAAGUGACAAGUAUAAAAUGAAACGAGAAGGUGUUGUUGCUGAGCUUAUAAUCCAAAAUCUAGACACGACGGAUGCUGGAAAUUAUUCCUGCGUGUGUGGAGACCAGCAGACUAUGGCAGUUUUAACAGUACAUGCUUUGCCUGCGUUUUUCAAAGAAGGUUUGAAAAACAGAGAAGCCACAGAUGGUGCAACAGCCACGCUGCACUGCGAGCUGAGCAAGGUCGGGGUCCCAGUGGAGUGGAAAAAGGGGGACAAGACACUCAAACCAAGUGAUAAGUAUAGGAUGAGACAAGAAGAAACCUCUGCAGAGCUGUUGAUCCGAGAUCUGGAGGUAGAAGAUACCGGAGAAUAUACUUGUGUGUGUGGAGAUCAGAAGACUUCAGCUGUCCUGACAGUCCAUGCUUUGCCUACACUGUUCAAAAAAGAGCUCGCCAAUAUGGAAGCCACAGAAAGCGGGACAGCUGUUCUGCAGUGUGAGCUAACCAAAUCCACUCCGGUGGAGUGGAAGAAAGGGCAAGAGGUGCUCAAGCCUAGUGACAAGUACAAAGUGAGGCUGAAGGAUACCAUUGCUGAGCUGACAAUCCAUAACCUGGUGGAACAAGACACGGGAGAUUACACGUGUGUGUGCGGAGAGAGGACAACUACUGCAUCCUUGACAGUGAAUGCCCUUCCUCCGCAUUUUAAAAAAGAACUGAAGAACAUGGAAGCCACAGAAAAUGGUACAGUCACUUUGUGCUGUGAACUGAACAAGCCUGCAGCUUCUGUGGAAUGGAGGAAAGGAGACAGAGUCCUAGAGCCAAAUGACAAGUUCUCCAUAAGAUGCGAGGGCACAAUUGCUGAGCUGAUGAUCCGUGACUUAGAUCUGACAGAUGCUGGAGAUUACACAUGCUGUUACGGAGAUCAGAAAUCUACAGCUGCCCUAAAAGUGAAUGCCUUGCCUGCACACUUCAAGGAAGAGAUGAAGAACGAGGAAGCCACAGAAGGUGAAACAGCUACACUACAAUGUGAACUGUCUAGGGCUGCCUCUGUGGAGUGGAAAAAGAAACACAAAGUGCUCAAAUCAAGUGAAAAGUAUACUAUGAGACAGGAAGGUACCACAGCACAACUACUGAUCCAUGCUUUAGAAGUCAAGGACGCUGGGGAGUAUACCUGUGUGUGUGGAGACGAGAAGACUACUGCAGCAUUGACAGUGCACGCCCUUCCUGCUCUCUUCAAAGAAGAGUUAAGAGAUGAGGAAGCCACUGAGGGCGAAGCAGUCACUCUGCGCUGUGAGUUGACCAAGACUGCUCCAGUGGAAUGGAAAAAGGGGCACAGAGUACUCAAACCUAGUGAGAAAUACAAAAUGAGGCAGAAGGAUGCCACUGCAGAACUGGUGAUCCAUAACCUAGAUGAGAGUGAUGCUGGUGAUUACACCUGUGUGUGUGGGGAUAAGCAGUCCACAGCUUCCUUAGCAGUACACGCGCUGCCUGCACGCAUCAAGGAAGGCCUGAAGGACGAGGAAGUAACAGAGGGUCGAACAGCCACUCUGCGCUGCGAGCUGACCAAAGUUGCUCAGGCAGAGUGGAGAAAGGGAAGCACUUUGCUCAAAGCCAGCGACAAAUACAAAAUGAGACAGGAGGGCACAGUCAUGAAGCUGCUUGUCCAUGAUGUAGAACUGAAAGAUGCUGGAGAAUACACUUGUGUGUGUGGAGAACAGGAGACAACAGCUGCCUUGAUAGUGAAUGCCCUGCCUGCGCUUUUCAAAGAGGAACUGAAGAACCUGCAGGCCAUGGAAAGCCAAACAGCCACCCUGCGCUGUGCGCUGACCAAGGCUGCAUCUGUGUCAUGGAAGAAAGGAAACAAAAUACUCAGAGCAAGUGAAAAAUACAUCAUGCGGCAGGAUGAUGUCCUUGCUGAGCUGGAAAUUCGUGAGCUAGAUCUUCAGGAUGCAGGAGAUUACACCUGUGUGUGUGGAGACCAACACACCACUGCUUCUCUGACAGUGAAUGCCCUGCCAGUGGUUUUCAAGGAAGAACUGAAAAAUGAAGAAGUCUUGGAAGGAACGUCAGUUUCUCUGCAUUGUGAAUUAAGCAAAGAAGCUCCAGUGCAGUGGAAAAUAGGGUCCAAAGUGCUAAAAGCAAGUGACAAAUAUCAAAUGAGUCAGCGUGGCACCACUGCUGAGUUGGUCAUUCGUGACCUAGAUGUAAAAGAUGCUGGAGAUUACACCUGUCUUUGUGGUGACCAGAAGACAACAGCAACUUUAACAGUUCAUGCUCUGCCACCACUCUUUAAGGAAGAGCUAAAGAACAAGGAAGCAGAAGAAGGUGGAGAUGUCACCCUGCACUGCGAGCUCACCAAGGCUGCUCCAGUGGAGUGGCAGAAGGACCAGAGGAUUCUCAAAAUGAGCAAGAAAUACAAAAUGAGGCAGGAAGGGACCCGGGCAGAGCUGGUGAUUCAUGAAAUAGCUGAGGAAGAUGCAGGAGACUAUACCUGUGUGUGCGGAGAGCACCAGACCACAGCUGUCUUAACAGUACAGGCUAUGCCUCCAUUUUUCCAAGAAGAACUGACCAACAGGGAAGCAGUAGAAGGUGGAACGGCCACUUUGCACUGUGAGCUCAGCAAGGCAUCUGCCCCUGUCCGGUGGAAGAAGGGCCAUCACAUCCUCACCUCGGGCAACAAGUACAGCAUGAGCCAGGAAGGCUGUGUCGUGGAGCUGGUAGUUCAUGAUUUAGACUUGAAUGAUGCUGGAGAUUAUACCUGUGUGUGUGGAGAUGAGACCACUACAGCUGCCUUAACAGUGCAUGCACUGCCUCCAGAAUUCAAAACAGACCUGAAGGACCUAGAAGCUGAAGAAAGCGGGACAGCUACGCUGCACUGUGAGCUAACUAAACCUGCUGUGGUGGAGUGGAAGAAAGGGCAGGAGGUGCUCAAAGCAAGCAGCAAAUAUAAAAUGAGACAAGAUGGUGCUGUUGCAAAGCUGCUUAUCCAUGAGCUGGAUGUGGAGGACGCUGGGGAUUAUACAUGUGUGUGUGGAGAUCAGCAGACAACAGCCACUUUGACAGUCAAUGCCCUACCAGCACUUUUUAAACAAGAGCUUCAGAAUGCCGAGGCAGAAGAAGGUGGUAUGGCAACACUGAGGUGUGAGCUUACCAAACCCAAGGCUCCAGUGGAGUGGAGGAGAGGCGAUAUUACUCUCUACCCCGGUUUGAAAUACGAAAUGAAGCAGCAGGGCUCCAGUGCUGAGCUGGUCAUUUAUGACUUAGAACUGGAUGAUUCAGGAGAGUACACCUGUGACUCUGGACAUCAGCAGACAACAGCUGCAGUAAUCGUACAUGCACUACCUGUCACGUUUAAGCAACCCCUUCAAAAUAAGGAAUCAGAGGAAGGAAGUACAGCUACUUUCUGCUGCGAGCUAUCAAAACCCAGUGCUGCAGUGGAAUGGAAGAAAGGAGGAGUGGUGCUGCAGCCCAGCCAGAAGUAUGAAAUGAGACAAAGGGAAUGCCUGGUAGAGCUCUUAAUACAUAAUCUCAAAUUAGAAGAUACAGGAGAAUACAGCUGUGAUACUGGGGAUCAGGAAACAAAGGCAUCUUUAAACGUGAAAGCCCUACCAGUUCUUUUCAAAAGGGAGCUUAAGGACAAGGAAGUUGAAGAAGGAGCUGCAGUGAAAUUCCAGUGUGAGCUGACAAAGGAAAAUGCAACUGUGGAGUGGAGGAAAGGCACCAUGGAGCUCUUCUCAUGCGCCAAAUAUGAAAUUAAAUUAAGUGGUUGCACAGCUGAACUUGUGAUCCAUAAUGUAGAACCAGAAGAUGCCUCCGAUUAUACAUGUGAUACAGGAGACCAGCAGAGCACAGCGGUCCUCCACGUGAAUGCCAUCAAGCCCCAGCUGAGGCAGCAGCUGAAGAAUGAAGAAGUGGAAGUGGGAGGAACAGCCAAGCUGCGCUGUGAGCUUUCCAUAAGCAAAACAGAAGUGGAGUGGAGGAAGGAUGGAGUCCUGCUUCAGUCGAGUUCCAAGUACGAAAUGUGGCAGCACGGUACCGUCCGUGAGCUGCGUGUUCACCGCUUGGAGCCUAGUGAUGCUGGCGAAUAUUCCUGCAAGGCUGGAGACGAGAUGACCUCUGCUAAACUGACCGUGAAAGAGCCUGAUGUGACCAUUGUGAGUGGCCUAAAGGACAUGGUGGUAUUCGAAGGGGAUGAUGUCACCUUCCAGUGCCAGGUUUCCCAUGAGAAUGCAAGGGAUGUUGAAUGGAAGCUACAGGAUGUUGCUCUGCAAAAUAAUGAAAUGAAUGAGAUCUCGGUGGAAAAGGGAAAGAUCCAUAAGCUGACAUUAAGGAAGGUGACAGAGCAGGACAUUGGCACCAUCGCCUUCCGAGUGGGACCACACGUGUCUACAGCAGAGCUCACGGUAAAAGUGCCACCUCCAGUCUUUAAGGAGAAAUUACAGAGCACAGAAUUGCAGGAAGAAGAAACCGCCACCUUCCACUGUGAGGUCUCCCAGCCUAAUGUUACAGUGCAGUGGAAGAAAGGUGCCCAGGUGAUUUCCCCAAGCUCCAAAUAUGAAAUCAGGCAAGAGGGAACAAUCCAUACUUUAAAGAUUUAUCACUUAAAACCAGAAGACUCGGGCAAAUACACCUGUGAUAAUGGAAACGAGCAAACGACGGCCACUUUAACUGUUAAAGCGUUACCAGUGAUCUUCACACAACCGCUCCAGAACCAGCAAGCUGAAGAAGGUGGCACCGUCACUUUGAGUUGUGAAAUCUCAAAACCAAAUACCACUGUGCAGUGGAAGAAGGCUGGGACAGUGCUGCGACCAAGUGACAAGUACAAGAUGCGCCAGGCCGGGUCUGUGGCUGAGCUAACGAUUCGCAACUUGAAGGAAGCUGAUGCUGGGGAAUACGUGUGCGAUACAGGGGACCAGCAAACCACCGCAGUUGUGCACAUGAAAGAACCAGCAGCAACCAUAGUGGAGAUGCUGAAGGAUGUCACUUCAUAUGAAGGAGAAGAUGCAGUGUUUGAAUGCAGGCUGUCGCGGGAAACAACUCAGGAUGCUCAGUGGUUCCUGGGAGAUGUUCCCUUGCAAUCCAACGAAAUGAAUGAGAUCAGAGUCCAAGGGACGCGUCACACUUUGAUCCUGAGAAAGGUGACACUAGAAGACUGUGGGCCUGUCAGUUUCAAAGUCGGGCAGCAUACCUCAGGAGCACAGCUAACUGUCAAAGUUGCUCCAGUCACCUUUGUAAAGGCUCUCCACAAUUUGGAGCUGCAGGAGGGCAGCACAGCUCAACUGUGCUGCGAGGUGUCCAAGCCUGACAUCCCCGUGGAGUGGAAGAAAGGCACGUCUGUGAUCCACUCCAGCCAGAAGUGCAGCAUCAAGCGGGAGGGGAAUGUGCACACACUGGUCAUUCACGAUUUGAACCGUGAGGACUCAGGAGAAUACAGCUGCCACACGGCUGAUGGCAAGACCACAGCCAGGCUAGAAGUUAAAGCCCUACCUGUGCUUUUCAAACACUGGCUGAAAAAUGAGGAGGUGGAGGAAGGGCGCACAGCCGUGCUGCACUGUGAGCUGACGAAGCCCAACGCACCCGUGGAGUGGAGGAAAGGAAAUACCGUGCUGCACUCAAACGACAAGUAUGAGAUCCGACAAGAGGGGACACGUGUUGAGCUCUUCAUCUAUGAUGCUGAGGCUCAGGAUGCUGGGGAUUACACGUGUGACUCGGGGGAUCAACAGACCACUGCAUCACUGCAAGUCAAAGUACUACCCGUGCUGUUUAACGAAGAACUGAAAAAUGUGGAGUCUGAAGAAGGGGGAACAGCUGUCUUGCACUGUGAGAUCUCCAAGCCAGACGCCCCUGUUGAGUGGAGAAAAGGAGGGGUCGUCAUUCAGCCCAGCGACAAGUAUGAGAUGAAGCUGAAGGGCCACAUUGCUGAGCUGAUCAUCCAUGGUGUGGAGCCUGAUGACUGCGGGGAUUAUACCUGCAGCACUGGAUAUGAGAUCACCACAGGUUCUGUGUACGUGCAAGAAGAAGAAGCAGUCAUAGUUUCUGGUUUAAAGAACACAGACGUCUUUGUGGGUGAGUCGGCCACGUUCACCUGCGAGCUCUCACAACCGGGCGUGAAGAAUGUACAGUGGUGGCUCGACGGAUGUCCCCUUCACAACAACUUUGUGACUGAAAUCUCUGAGCAGGAUGGGAUAAUCCACACUUUAACGUUAAAUGAUGUGGCGUGCCACGACUCAGGCACUGUCACCUUCAGAGCUGGGUCUCUUAUAUCUACCGCUAAAUUAUUAGUCAAAGAUCCAACCAUUGAAGUGGUCAGUCCCAUGCAGGACAUAACUGUUGAUGAAGAUGGCACAGCAGAGUUCAUAUGCCAGUACUCUAGGCCAGUGCACGCCAUAUGGAAGAAAAAUGAUCAGGAAAUACAUGCAGAUGGGCAGCGAGUGAUUAUCAAUCAGGACUGGAAUGUAAGCAUGCUAAUAAUUAAACCUACGGUACCAGAAGACAGUGGCAUCUAUUCUUGUGAAGCUGAAGGCACUAAAGUGAUGGCUGCACUUGAUGUUCAAGCCAAGAACAGCAUUGUCCAGGGCCUGGAGAAUGUGGAAGCAGUGGAAGGAGGAGAAGCCCUGUUUGAAUGCUACCUUUCCAAGCCCGAGUGCUGCGAUUACAACUGGCUGAUUGACGACGAGCCUGCCAAAACUACAGAAAACACUGAGAUGGUGUACUUUGAAAAUGGGCUCAGGCAUCUGCUGCUGCUCAAGAACCUGACUCUCCAGGACAGCUGCAGGGUGACUUUCAUGUGCAGCAACGCCGUGACCUCAGCCUUCCUGACGGUGAAAGGAUGGCGCCUGAAGAUCUUGCAGCCUCUCACUGAUGUGGAAGUCUGUCCGGGGGAGAAAGCUACAUUUAGCUGUGUUCUAAGUGAAGCUGUGCCAAUUAAUGAAGUUACCUGGUAUAUUAAUGACAUGGAGAUCCAGUCAAAUGAGGACUGGGAGGUACAAGCAGAUGGAAACAAAUACAAACUUAUUUUGAGAAAAGCUCAACCACAUCAUUCAGGAGAGGUGACCUUUGCUUCCAGGGAAAUAAUUGCAUCAGCCAAGUUAUCUGUUAUAGCCCACCCUGAUCCCCCCGAAGAACCAGAAGUUUUAAGUAAGAACAGUCACUCUGUAACUCUGUCUUGGUACAAGCCUCUGAGCGACGGUGGUUGCGACAUCCUAGGCUACAAAGUGGAGAGGAAAAUCCCAGGUAUUGGCUGGCAGUCAUGCAGCAAGGGCAUUAUUCCAAACACGGAGUUUGUCGUGGACGAUCUCACCCCAGGUGAACCCUACAGAUUCCGCGUCUCGGCUCUAAACAAAGUUGGGGCCAGCGAGCCGGUGCACUUCCCUCAAAUGGUGCAGCUAGAACCUACAGUUACAGUCACCCAUCCUUUGGUGGGAGGAUCAGUCUCAGAAGGGGACGUGGCUCGCCUGGAGUGCAUAUUAUCAAGUGAAAUCAAAGAGAGUGUGACAUGGCUGAAAGGAAAAGAACAAAUACACGCUGGAGGGAGAUAUGAAAUCAUCUCUGAUGGAAAAAAGCAAAUACUCAUUAUUCAUGCCUUUAAACCUGAAGAUCAGGACACAUAUACCUGCAUAGUUUCUCCACAAGUCAAAUCUGUUGCCAGCUUGUGUCUUGAAGUGCCUACAGUGACACUGCUAAAAGAGAUCGCCAGGGAAGCGCCCCCUGCAAGCCAACAGGAAGAGCUGGUGGAUGGCCAUGCCCAGCCCAGGCUGCCCCCUGAGGCUGCACAGGAGGGAGACCUCCACCUCCUCUGGGAAGCUCUGGCCAAGAAACGCCGGAUGAGCCGAGAGCCCACCUUGGAUUCCAUCAGUGAGGUGCCUGAAGAGGAUGAGAGGCUCCAGAAGCUGAGGAAGGAGGAGGCAGAGAUGUCUCACUAUUACUCGGAGGAGUACUCCACAUGUGAUGAGCUGGCCAGGACAGGAGAAGCAGAUUUGUCCUUCACAAGCUCAGAUGAUGAGUCCAGAGCUGGGACUCCUUCACUAGUGAACUACCUCAAGAAAGCUGGAAAGAGAAGUGUAAGUGUUACUACCAAGGUUCAGUCCGUCUCCACAGGCAAAUUAUGGAAACAGUGGGAGAAAUCCAGUGCGGAGUCUGUUGUGGCUUCCACAGCUGCUAAGCCAGCUGAACCAGAAAUAGCAGAUUUAGAUGAUCCUUCCAUGAACAAGGCUGCUGUGAAGAUCCAGGCUGCUUUCAAAGGCUACAAAGUCAGGAAAGAGAUCAAGCAACAAGAGUGCCCCGUGUUUACUGAGACCUUCAGGGACUUCUGUGGAGAGCCUGGAAGCACUCUCCACCUUGAGUGCGUGGCCCACAGCAAAACCGACAUGAAAGUCCGUUGGCUGAAAGAUGGGGAAGAACUUUCAGAUGGUCGCUACUAUCACAUAGAUAAUUACAGUGAUGGGACCUGCUCUUUGAUCAUCACUGGCCUGGAUAGGAAAGAUGCAGGUAAAUACACCUGUGAGGCAUCCAAUAAAUUUGGGAAGGUUUCACAUAGUGCCAAGGUGGUGAUUGGCACUCAGGAACCUCAAGUGCUUCGUAAGGAGAAGCAAAUUAAACAAAGCACUGAUAGUGAGACAGAGAGCUCCUCUGGCAGCGAGCUGGAUGAUGCUUUCCGUAAAGCAGGAAGGAGACUUCAUAGACUUUUCAGGGCCAAGAUCUCAACGGAGAUAUCUGAUGUGGAGGAAGAGCUCUUUGUCAGUGCGGAUGAAGGGGACAUAGAUGUGGUUGACCAUCAGACAUAUCGUGAGGAUGACCAAUACAUUUACAUCAAGUUUGAAAUCUUGUCCGAGGCAAAAACUGCCGCCACUCGUUUCAGAGAGAUGUUCGGUGCUCUGGGAAUUCCUGUGGAGAUUGACAUUUUAGAACAGGGCCCUAAGAAAAUUGAAUUGCGUAUUGGGAAAGCAACACCGCCCACCCAUGGGAAGUUUGCACCACCAGUAAUAAGACCACCACCACCUUUGCUGACUUCUGAUACAGCUCCCAUGUUCAUGACUGAACUCCAGAACCAAGAGGUACAAGAUGGAUAUCCUGUCAGCUUCGACUGUAUUGUUGUUGGCAAACCCCUCCCCACAGUUCGCUGGUUCAAGGAUGGGAAAGCUAUUGAAGAAAAUGAUCAUUACAUGAUCAACGAGGACCAGGAGGGGUGCCAUCAGCUGAUCAUCACAGCUGUGGUCCCCACUGACAUGGGCGUUUAUCGUUGCCUUGCUGAAAACAACAUGGGAGUUGCUUCAACCAAGGCUGAGCUUCGAGUGGACUUGACCAGCACUGACUAUGAGACAGCAGCAGAUGCAACAGAGACUUCUUCUUACUACAGUGCCAAAGAAUAUAUUUCAAGUCGAGAACAGGAGGAAUCUACCACUGAAGAGGAGCAAUUGCCCCAGAUCCUCGAUGAACUUCAUGAUAUUCAUGUGGCACCUGGAGCACCACUGGCUAAAUUCCACCUGAAGGUGAAAGGGUACCCAGAGCCUCGUCUCUAUUGGUUCAAGAAUGGACAGCCAUUAAAGACCUCGGAUCGUAUCCUGAAGAUCGACAAAAGGGAAUUUCACUCACUGGAAAUUCUCAAUGUCACUAAGUCAGAUGCUGGCCAAUACUCAAUAUUUCUCAUCAACUCUGCUGGUUCUGCAUAUUCAUCAGCCAGGCUGGUAGUCAAAGAUCCUGAUGAGAAAGAAGAGCCAGGAACAGAUUCCCAUGAGCAGCUGAUACCACCAAGGUUCCUAGAAAGAUUUACUAAUAAAAAGGUGAAGAAGGGUGCCAGCAUCACAUUAUCUGUAAAAGUUGAAGGACAUCCACCACCAACUAUUACUUGGCUGAAAGAAGAGUCUCAGGAAGACAUCCUAUGGAUCAAACCAGAUACUCCUGGAUAUAAACUUGCCAGUUCAAAUAUGCAUCACAGUCUAAUCCUGUUGGAUGUUAAAAAGAAGUACAGUGGAGCUUAUACAUGCAUUGCUACCAACAAAGCUGGCCAGUCCAUCUGCACUGCCAUCCUAGAAGUUGCAGACGUGAAAGAAGCUGAAGUUCUGACCCAAGAGCGCGUGAUGGUAUCAGAAGCCAUAAUGACCACGCUGGGAGCUGUUCAUCCCUCUGAAGGAGAUCUUGAAGCUGGUAGGGAAGGUGUACCCAAAACCCCUAUUUCAUUAGCUGAUGUUGGAACAGAAGAGUUCUUCCAGAAACUCACCUCUCGUAUCUCAGAAAUGGUAUCUGCAAAAAUAAGCCAGGCUACACUUCGAGUGCCAGGUGCAGAAAGUGAUGAGGAGUCAAAAACUCCCUCUGCAUCUCCUCGGCAUGGACGAUCCAGACCUUCAUCCAUUGCUCAGGAGUCCUCAUCUGAAUCUGAAGAUGGGGAUUCCAGAGGAGAGAUCUUUGAUGUCUACAUGGUCACAGCUGACUAUGUGCCUGCUGCACCUGACAAGGAGACCAUCACUUUGAAGGAAGGCCAAUAUGUGGAAGUCCUUGAUUCAGCUCAUCCUCUGAAGUGGCUGGUCAGGACUAAACCCACAAAAUCCAGCCCCUCUCGACAGGGUUGGGUAUCUCCAGCUUAUCUGGACAAGAAAUUAAAGUUGUCACCAGAGUGGGGAUCAACAGAAAUUCCAGAGUUUCCUGGAGAAUUUGUUUCUGAGGAUGAAUAUAAAAGGAAGCUAAGUGUUCUUAUUCAAGAACUAUUGAUCUCAGAAGAGGAUUACAUUCAGGAUCUACAGUUCCUCCAGACUCAUCACCUUAAGUACACUGAGGUCUGUCCCAAUGUCCCAGGAGCUGUUGCCAGUCAGAAAUCCACCAUCUUCAGAAAUAUUGAUGACAUUGCUCGCUUCCAUUCCAGUGUCUUCCUCCGAGGCCUGCAGAAAUGUGACACUGAUGAUGACGUGGCCAUGUGCUUUAUUAAACAUGAGGCAGAAUUUGAUAAGUACAUCCAGUACCUGGUGGGGCGGGUACAGGCUGAGUCAAUUGUUGUAAGCAAAGCUGUCCAGGAUUUCUACAAGAGAUACACAGAUGAAAUUUUAACUAAUGAAGAUCCCUCACAUCCACUUAUCCCACCACUGCAGCAUUAUCUGGAAAAACCCAUAAACAGGAUCCAGCAGUAUCAGACUAUUAUCAAGGAAUUAAUCCGAAACAAAGCAAGAAACAGCCAAAAUUGUACUUUGCUGGAGCAGGCUUAUGCCAUUGUGUCAGCACUCACCCAAAGAGCAGAAAACAACCUUCAUGUCUCACUCAUUGAGAAUUACCCAGGGACUUUGGAAAGCCUUGGUGAACCUAUCCGACAGGGCCACUUCAUUGUGUGGGAAGGAGCUCCAGGAGCUAGAAUGGCAUGGAAAGGACACAAAAGACAUGUCUUCCUGUUCAAGAAUUACAUUGUGAUCUGCAAACCGAAACGAGACACAAAGACAGACACCUACAGUUACAUCUUCAAGAACAUCAUGAAGCUGAACAACAUAGAUGUGAAUGACGUCGUGGAAGGGGAUGACCGCGCGUUUGAGAUCUGGCACGAACGGGAAGAUUCAGUCCGCAAGUACCUCCUUCAGGCGCGUACAGUGAACAUCAAGAACUCCUGGGUGAAGGAGAUCUGUGGCAUACAGCAGCGAAUCAGCCAGCCUGUCUGGAUACCUCCAGACUUUGAGGAAGAACUGGCAGACUGUACAGCUGAGCUGGGAGAGACAGUCAAGCUGGCUUGCAAAGUUACAGGAGCUCCUAAGCCAUCUGUCAGCUGGUACAAAGAUGGAAAGCCAGUGGAGGUGGAUCCCCAUCACAUUAUAAUAGAAGAUCCUGAUGGUUCCUGUACGUUGAUCCUGGACAACCUAACAGGUGUUGACUCAGGACAGUACAUGUGCUUUGCUUCCAGUCCUGCUGGAAAUGCCAGUACCUUAGGAAAGAUCCUUGUUCAAGUGCCACCACGGUUUGUGAACAAGGUUAGAAGUGCUUAUUUUAUUGAGGGUGAAGAUGCUCAGUUUACCUGUACUAUCGAAGGAGCACCUAGGCCUCAAGUCAGAUGGUACAAAGAUGGUGUACUGCUGAAGGGCACAAGUAAAUACCAGACAUUCAGUGAACCACGGAGUGGCAUUCUAGUCCUGGUGGUCAAGAACCCUUCCAAUGAAGAUAUGGGACACUAUGAAUGUGAACUGGUGAACAGAUUAGGGUCAGCAAAAAGUGGAGCAGAACUUUACCAUCACACUGCUGCAGCCCUGACUCAGGACAGGAGAGGAGACCAAGCCAUUACCAUAGAAGGAAGGGCUUCCUCACAGCCAGCACUGGAGACUUCUGUCCAGGCCUCGCUUCAGCGUGCUGACCAGGAGAUCAAGACAGCUCUAAGGAAACUUGUGGACUCAGCAUCACUGCUUGUGACUCUUCCCCCGGGCGUACAAGGAGCCGGUGGCCAUGGCCUUCCUGGGCCCAUUCCCUCAGACCACUUGGGAGCAGCGGCCGGGCCUCCCGUUCACGAAGCCAGCACCCAAACCCAGACUGCUGGAGGGCAUGACAAAGCACAAAGGCAGAUUCUAGCUGAAGAACCAAGUGCACCAAAGCCCGGCCCUGGCCUUUCCCACGAAGAGGCAGCAGCUGGAGCUGAGAGCACUCAGGAGCGCACUGUUCCCAUUUCCAGAACAUCACCAGCUGCGGGGGCAGGAGACUGGUACAGAAGAGAAGGAGAUGUGGUCUGGGAUGUACACAGUGAAGUUUAUAUUGAGACCACAGAAAGAACUCGUGUGUACAAAACUGAGGAGAAGACCCCAACAAGUCCUCCCUAUAUGCAAGUGACAAUAGAGGACGUGCAGGUGAAUGCUGGGGAGCGUGCCAAAUUUCAGGCAGUCAUUGAAGGAACCCCUCAGCCUACUGUGUUGUGGUUUAAGGGCACUACACUGCUGACAGACAGCAACAGGCUCUAUCAAGGGAUGACAGGCACAACGUAUUUCUUAAUCCUGGACAACGUUGGCUCAGAAGAUGGUGGUGUCUAUACCUGUGUAGCCAAAAAUGCAGGAGGGGAGGUUUUGUGCAAAGCUGAGCUUGUUGUACAUGAAGCUAAGAAAGACCAAGCAGCAAAAAAAGUGGCCACCCGGAGAAAACUGCAUUCCCUGUAUGAGGUCAAGCAGGAGAUUGGAAGGGGCUGCUUCAGCUUUGUGAAACGAGUUGUGCAUAAAGGGAACAGAGUGUCUUGUGCUGCCAAAUUCAUCCCUCUGCGAAGCAAAACGAAGGCUCGUGCACAUCAGGAGAGGGAUAUUCUUGCCUCUCUGUCCCACGACAGAAUUACCAGGCUGCUGGAUCAGUUUGAAACACGGAAAACCCUGAUUUUAAUUCUAGAGUUGUAUCCUUUUCUGUGCUUCUUUUCCAAUGAGGCUGGGAAGUACUCAGUCAAAUUAUAUAUCAAGCAAAUUUUGGAAGGAGUCAAAUAUCUUCACGACAACAACAUCCUACAUUUGGACAUCAAGCCUCUGAAUAUCCUCAUGGUUUAUCCUGAAAGGGAAGACCUUAAGAUCUGUGACUUUGGAUUUGCUCAGAAGAUCACACCCUUUGAGCCUCAGUUCAGCAAAUAUGGGUCUCCAGAGUUCGUUGCCCCAGAAAUUGUUUCUCAGUCACCAGUGUCAAAAGCAACUGAUAUCUGGGCUGUUGGAGUCAUCACAUAUUUAAGCCUAACAUGCAAGUCUCCGUUUGCCGGGGAGAACGACAGAGGAACACUUCUAAAUAUCCAAAAUGGAGAAAUUUCAUGGACUACCCCUGAUUUUGUUCACCUGAGUGAAGAUGCAAAGGAUUUUAUAAAGUGGAUCCUACAGCAGCACCCCAAAGACAGGCCUAGUGCUUUGGACUGUCUUUCCCACAAGUGGUUCAUGCAUAAUAUCCCACUUGAAACAGCUCAUUUCAUUAACACCAAGCAGCUCAAAUUCAUUGUGACUCGGAGCAAGUGGCAGCGGUCCCUGAUGUGCUAUAAAUCCAUACUGGUGAUGCGAUCCAUCCCAGAAAUCCUGGAAGGGACUCACGACAACACCUCCCUGGCCAUCUCCCGGCAUCUGAUCGAAGAAAGCACUUCCUCCAGCACUAGCGGCUCCUCCUCAGACAACGAGAACUCGCACUUCCCCAAGAAGAGGCACUUUGGCUCCGCACCUGAACUGCACUUGUCCAUAUUUGAUGCACCAAGCAGCCAGGAGCCUCCAAAACAUCCACGUGAAGAGAAGCACUCCGAAAUCUCAAUCCCUCCAAUAAAACCCAUGAGGAAGAAGUACGCUGCAAUGAAAAGUGAAGUGAAGGACAAAUCACCUACAGAAAGCAAAGAGCUCGUGACAGGUAUUUUAAAAGAGCAGGAGGAGGGGCUUCAGCCCAGAAUUCGAGAUGAAAGAGCAGAGCGGUCCCAAAGAAGUGGUGCAGCUGAACCUUCAUCAGUGAAGACUUCCUCAGAAAAUGCAUCGGAUCUGUCCCAAAAACAAAAAGCAGACAUACUUUUACCUGAGAAGGACAAAACUGAAAAGGCUGGGGAUGGGACAGAAAAACCUGUGUGUGUUCCUAGACAGAGCGUCAUUAAAAGCACUUUUUACAGCCAAGCAGCUGAACUACCUGCAAGAACGCCUUCCUCACCCAGCAGGGAGCUCAGGAGGCACUUGGACAGAGCCAGAAGAACUUUCCGGAAAGCUGGAUAUUCAAAGGUGCCCCUCAGCGGUCUCCGUGAACCCCUCCUGGAACAGUUUGAACUGGAAGAAGAAGAAGGCAAGUCUGAUGAUGGAGAUGAUCACAGGGAAAGCUUGCUGGGUUCCUUGACCAAAUCAGCUUCGUUUGAUACCGCCAGGAAACCACCCCAUCCUGCUAUUGCUGGGUCUAGCCGGAGUCGUUCCCUGGAUGACUACAGGCUGAGGGCCUCGAGGUCAGUGAGGGAGCAAGACAUUUUGGAAGAAGACUGCGAUGUAACGGCCCAGGAAAGUUGCCCUGAGGGUAGCGAGCACUGCGACAUUUCUGCGGGGCCAGGCAAGGGAUGUUCUGCAGGCACUUCAGAGCAAGAGGACUUCAGGAGAGCCAGCAAGGAUCGUUCAGAAGAGCAGCUCUCUCCUUCCACACAUUGUGAGGGCAAUGGGUGCCCAGCUGUUUGUGCGCAACAGCUGGACAGACUUCCAGUGUCACCUCAAAGGAGCGAGAAUAGGAAACAUUUACUGAAGAAGUCAAAAGCUACUUACGUGGAGGAGGAAGCUGAAGAUUUGGAAGGCAAAAGCCCCAUUCUGUCUGCCCAACACUCAGAUGAUGCAUCAUCAGCUCAAAAACAUGAAAUCAAGAAGGAUAAGCCUCCCUCUGGCAGUGCUCCUGACGCUGCUUUUCAGGAGGGUGAGCAGGCCAUUUCGACAGUCCCGCAGUCAGAGACCACCUCCACGUCAGCCCAUGGCAGUACGAGAGGUGCGUUCCAUCUGCCCCAGGAGUCUGCCCGCAGCACUGACACCCAUCCCGAUCUAAAAGGCGAGGGCUUCCUCAUCAAAAGGACAGCCCCAGCUCCACCUUGGAAAGACAAAAGGCAGAAACAUUCCCAUGAGAGGCCUUCUGCUCACAGCGUUGUUGAGUCUGAUCUCAUGGAGCACGAAAGCUCUUCUGUUCUAAGAGGCCCACAGACAGAAAGUGAUUCACUUCCAGUGUGUAAAGAGAAAAGUCAGCAACUUUUCGACCAAAGCAUUCCAGCACCUACUGGUGUGGAGGGCAAACAGCCAGGUGUCCCAUCAGCUCUGCAAACAGCUGGUGAACAUGCCCGCCAGAAGCCAGAGACCUACAAAGAGGUGAGAUCUGCUGUCCUGGAGGAUGAAGGACCAAGUAUUGCAGAGAUUGCUCUACUUUCAGCCCACGGUGGUGAAAGUGAAGCCCACACAAAGGCUUCUGUUCACGCAGACACGACAUCAGCCAUCCUACAGGGUGAGCACCCUGUUGUUUCAAAAGUCCUGCCACCAAAACCGACGAGAACUGCCAUUGCUGACAGAGCACGGCACGCUGAAAGGGAGCAGCCAGCUCACAGCAAGGAGAGGCUGGCUGCUCUGAGGAGUGAAGGUUCAUCUGUUCCCAGUUCGGUCUGUGAAGCUGAAAUCAGGGGAGCCCAGAAGGCUUCUCGGGGCAGCGACAUGGUGUCUGCUGCUCUGGAGGUCAGGCACACAGCUAUAGCUGUUACAUCCCAAAAUACUGCUCUCCGUUCAGUCUAUGAGAGUGAAAAGCAAGAACAUGCAAGGGCAUUGCUUCACAGUGAGGUGAGAUCUGCUGUCACGAUGAGUGGAAGCCCAGAGGUGGGACAGAAUUUGUCUGCUCCUUGCCCCAAGCUUGGAAGCCAGGCGUUUGAGCAGCACAAGGCCGUCUAUCCUGGUGGCAAAGGUUCUGCUGCUCUGGAGGGCAUGCGCCCAGGUAUUUUAAGUGCUCCACAACCAGACAUUCAGUCUCCAGCUUCAGUCUAUGAGCUAGAAUAUGAGGAACAUCUAAAGGUUUGUGGUGAGGGGAGAGACAUUGCCUUAGAAAGUGGAAGCUGUGAUGAUGGAAAAACCGUCCCACCACUGCUCCACAGGGAUCAAGGUCAGGAGCUCUCCCAUCACAGGUCUUCUUUUUACAGCGAUGAGGAGUCUGCUGUGCUGGAGGGCUUAGUGGACGAGAUGGUUUCCCUCUCUGAAGAGAUGAAUGUUUGGGCAGAGUCAGUUUCUGGCCAGGAGGAAUGCAGAAAGCACAUCCCUCCUCCCACAGAGAUGUUCUACAAAGGCCCGGAUAGCCAAGCACCCAUGGACAGCUCCUGCCCUUCUGUACGAGGGGGUAAAAGAGAAGUCUCUGAGCUGGAUGACCUCGCAGAACCCUACCUUGCUGUGAGCGAGGAGUCAGAGGUACCAAAAGGGCAGGGGGUGCAAACGGUUCCCCAUGAAUGCGAACAGCUGGAGGACUUGGCAUUCGAGAGCCUCAGUUCUAGCCAAGCAAGCAUUUCCCCGACGGAGAGCUUGGAUGCCGAGAAAACACCCAGUGAAGUGCCUGUGAGCAAGGGCACCGGCAGACACCCAGAAGUUUCUUUAGUGAAAAUUAAAGACCUGUCAGAUGAGGCGCCCGGUCCGGGCAGCGGAACUCCAAAACUCGACAUAUCAGAGGUGGAGCCUGCCUAUUUGAAUUUCUCUGACUUGUAUGACAUUGUCUAUUUUCCGUUUGAAUUCAUGAACUUUAGGAAGCCUCCGCCCAAACCAACGGGUAGGCGGUUUAUACCUUUCAGUGAAAGGGCAAGGGCAAGGUCACCUCCUGCAGGACACGUGCAUGAGGAUAAAAGACUGUGCAUCAGAGAGGAGGCAGAAGGAAAGAACAGGAAGCACCAUUUGGAAAUAUCUGAGGAUUCAAAGGCAGCUAACCUCUUAGUCAUGGGAAAAGCAUCAGAGAGCCAUAGGGAAAUGUAUGGACCCCAAAAGGACUCAAGUGGCAAGCAGAAAAGCUCCUUCUACAGCAAGGCAGGACUCUUUAAACCCUAUGGAAGGUCUCACUCAGUGGAGCAGUCAGUGGAGCAAAGUCUGAAGAGGAAAGUAAAAGCUUCUGUCGCCCAUAUUUCAAGAAUCCUAAAAGGAAAGAUAUCGCCAGAGCCAGAAGAAGAGUUCGGUGAGCUGGGGAGUGAGGUAACAGAAAAAGAGCCCUUAACAGGGGCUGAAGGAUCUCUGAAGUGGAAAUCAGGACUCGCUUCCUUCAAAUUAUCAAGCCUCAUGCCAAAAGAGAAAGCGCCUUUGUUCGUUGAAGAGCUCCUAGACCAGGCUGCUGCUGUAGGACAGUGCGUAACUCUGUCAUGCCGGACGGCAGCUCACUCCUCCCUGCACAUCAACUGGUUCAGAGAUGGGAUACCUGUCCACAGCAGCAGUCGGAUCCUCAUCUCAUCCACACUCAAAAACUUCCAGCUGUUAACUAUUCUCUCUGUCAGCGCCGAUGAUUUUGGCAUUUACACCUGCGUGGCCACCAACUCCCUGGGUUCAGCAUCUACCUCUUGCAUGAUAAGAAAAGCAGAAGUUCCUCCCAGCCCUCCGCCUCCUGACAUCGUGGAGGUCUACGAGGAUGGAGUGCAGGUGGUCUGGAAACCCGUGGAAACCAACACCCCUGUCCAUUACACCAUCCAGUGCAAGAGUGAAGGUGGGGACUGGACAACUCUUGCUGCUGACAUUGCUGACUGCUGCUACUAUGCCAAAAAUCUCUCCAAGGGAUUUACCUACUGCUUCAGGAUUGCCUGCACCAGUAAAGCAGGCAUGGGCCCUUACAGCAGCCCAUCUGCCCAAGUGAAAAUCAGCGGGAAGGAUCAAAUGGAGCUUUAUGCUGCGAUGAAGAGCUUCCCAACAGCUGCUACUGAGGAAGAGAGUGAAAUAAUCACACCAUCCGAACCUUUCCCAACCUACCAGACCUAUGCCUUCCAAACAGAAAUCAAAAGGGGGCGUUUCAGCAUCGUCCGACAGUGCAGGGAAAAAGUUAGCGGCAAGACUUUAGCUGCUAAAAUUAUCCCUUACUGGCAAGAGGACAAGCAGACUGUGCUCCUGGAGUACCAAGUCCUGAGGAAGCUUCACCACACAAACAUCGCUCAGCUGAAGGGAGCCUAUGUCAGCCCGCGGCACCUGGUGCUGAUCCAGGAGAUGUGUGUGGGACCAGAACUGCUCCACUCCUUGGCAUUACGGACAUCGUACUCAGAAGUGGAGGUCCGAGAUUACCUGUGGCAGAUCCUCAGUGCAGCUGAGUACCUCCAUGCGCACAGCAUCCUGCACCUGGAUCUCAGGUCUGAAAACAUGAUCAUCACCGAGCCCAACCUGCUGAAGCUCCUGGAUUUUGGCAACGCACAGUUCUACACGCAAGACAAGGUUAUUACCAUGGACAAGUGCUUGGACUAUGUCGAAACCAUGGCUCCAGAACUGCUGACAGAGCAAGGAGCCAUCCCGCAGACUGACAUCUGGUCCGUCGGAAUCACAGCGUUCAUCAUGCUGAGUGCCAACUACCCUGUCAGCUCCGAUGUGCCCUGCGAGUUUCUGCGAACAAUGAGGAAGGGGAAGGUGAAGCUCACGCGGUGCUACGCGGGUCUCUCCGGAGGAGCCGUGUCCUUUCUCCAGAGCACACUGUGUGCAAAUCCCUGGGGAAGGCCGUCAGCCUCCGAGUGCCUUCAGAGUCCUUGGCUCCAGGAGACCGGUCUGGACAACAGACAGCAAGCGCUGGUUACCUUCCCCACCACCAAACUGAGGAAUUUCCUCACUGAACGAGAAAAGAAAAGGGGCCUGCUGUGCUCCAAGUACGGCCUCAUGAUUGCCCAGUGAAGGGGACGUGCCGACGGACAGGAAUGGUGUCCCUCUCCCUUUCUGCACCCAGCGUUUGGUACCAAAGGGUACCGUUGAGUUACUGUGCAUCACCUGAGCUGGGCUGGCUGCCUGGGGCUGUGCACAUCACUCUCUGUGAGUGCAAUUUAGCGUAACUGAGCAAAUGAAUCCACGUUACUCGCAUUGCCAUGUGGUAAGAACAGAAAUACAGGCUGUUAAUGUGGCUCAGCUGACUAACAGUAACUUGACGGUACGUGACACUCAGCUCCAUGCUUCCAGGAAUAACCGGGAAAGGUUUGCAUAGCCAUUUCUGAGGGGGACUAGCCCCAAGCAGCUUUGCAAAUCCUUCCCUGAGGUCAGAGAGACUCCCUGUGUGCAAAUACCAGGCCCUGACUUCUGCCCCUGGCCCCAGGAUGUCACCGCCAGACACUUGGACACGUUACUCACCUGCUUGUCCCCCGGUAACCACUGCAGCAAGGUCUGAGUGCCUGGUGCGCGCCUCACCUGCCUCGGAUCCCAAAGAAAACGGUGACCACUUGUGACGGGAAAAUAUCUGAUGUGGAGAGGACUCAGGGAGGGUGAUAGGAGACUGGGGGAAGGAGUCGGGGUAAAUAAGACAGAAAGAUUCAUCGUGGGGAAAUAGUGAGCAGUUGUGGGGUAUUAGACAGCAGUGUGUCUGGAGGCUUCAGAUGUGGAGGUCCAACUGGAUAAAGCCCUGGGCUGACCCUGUGUUGAGCAGAGUAUUGAUCUAGAGACUCGUGAGGUCCCUCCCAGUGUGACUUGUCCUGUGACGCCAUGUCCUUGCCACGUGCCAGGCACAAGGAGCAGUGGGAGUCUGACAGCACCAUCGGCAGCUGGGCUCAGCACGCCACACACUUGGCCGAGUUCUCCACCAUCCACACGGGGCCUGACCCAAGACUUAAGCCUGGGGUGGAGAAGGGCUGUUGUGGAGCAAGAGGAGGCUGCAGUGGGGAGGUGUGGUACGUGUGUGACAGUGGUGUCACAGGGGAGAUUUGAACCUUACUUUGUCUGUGAGGAAACCCUUUCCAUCCCACGUCACCAAGAAACAACAGAGCCGCUCUCUGUGAGAGCAGCCUGGUAGCACAGGGUGUGUGCAGGGCGGGCAAUGGCAACAGGGCUUUCCAGCCACUGUGCACGUCUUAUCCUCACCCUGCAUAGCUUGCUUGGCUUUGAGAAGAGUUAUUGUUCUCCCUGAGCCCCAAGUCAACCCUCCGUGGCAGCUCCUGCUGUCAUAGAGCUCACCAGCCCUCCAAGGGCAUUGUUGUUGCUGCAGAGCUGACUCUGCUUCUCAAAGGGUUCAGCGUGAGUAAACUCCACAAAACAUGAGUUUUUUGGAUGUGUAUUUGAAGUUUCAUAUUAGACCUAGAUGACCAACUUACCCAUCACGUAGGAUCUUGCAGAAAUCCCUCACCUGGCUUACGGUUUGCCUUAGAGACACGUUAAAGAAUAAACGUACAGACACAGCUCUUGGAGAAACCAAGCUGUGAUUUCAUGUCUGUGCAGCUUUGGGAAAGACGUUCACCAUGAGGGGGAUGCUGGCCCAUGGAGGAUUAGUUGUAUAUCUUUCCUGACAAGCAGGGCUAAAACAAACACAUGCAGCAAGCCUUUUCUGAGCACAUCCAAGAGCCGGGAAGCGGUGGUGUGAUCACCGGGCCAGUUCAUUGCAGCAAAGUCUCUGCCUUGCUUUGCUGCCCAACAAAAACACUGCUCUGUCCCUCCUGGCUUCACAAAGGUCUGGAUUUGUGCAUUCUGCCUGCCACAGGAUAGUUCUGCACACGCUGUGACGUGCUGGGAACGGCUCAGCACAGGACAGCAAAGGCAGCACACACAAGUGACCGUGACCUCAUUACAUGCAGGCUUUGCACCACGAGGGAUUUUGCCGCUUUGAAGCCCAGCUGUCAUUUUCCAGGGAGGUUCACCUACCACGAGACGUGACACCAGCAGCAUUGGCAAAUGCUGGGGGUUUUAUUUCUUCCGAAAAGUCCAGAGCAACCUAAACUGGACUCUUUCUUCCUCAAGAUCUGCUGAGGAUUGCUUGCCGUCACGAAGGACGGCGUUAGCUGUGCCAUUGCUUCGCACGUAUAACCUCUGUUCCUGUGAGCUUCUCUGGUGUGAAUGAGGUACCUACGGGUACACUUGGGUUUCCUGAGCUUUCCCCACAAGCAGCAUGUAAGCAGAGGCUUUCUCAGAGCCACGUCUCACUCUCCUUAGAGGGACGAGCAUGGGAAAUCAGUUUCUAACGUGUUACAGUUUAGUACUAGACGUGAUGCUGUUUCACCAGUGGUGGUCUUUUCCAACGCGUUUAACCUGUGUUGUCCCAGACCUGAAGCAUGCAGCAUCACAGCUACUUCUCCUGCAUGGUGUGCAGAGUGAACUGGGAGCAAAGGAGCUUUCACUGUGCUGUGGAGAGCAAACACUGAUUCAACAGAUUGUAAAACUUUGAAUAGCAAGGUAAUAUUUUCCUCACAAUGCUCUACAGAAGAGAAAGCCAAGGCUUUAGGGCCAGAUCCCAAUCCUGAGGGAGAGAGGAUUUAAGCAACACAGACAGCGUGACGAGGUCUGGCCACUAAACAUUUCAGGACCCUGGAUUCCUUCAAUUUAACUUCUUUUACAAACCCAGUAAGGUUUCUGUUGGCGCAUCUAGGUCUUCACUCUUGCUGGUAAGCGUUGGGAUGGAGUGCGCGGUGCCAGGGGACAGCCCAUCUACGCAUAAAACGUUGACUGCUGAUUAACCCAUUUGGAGCUUUCACACUUCCUCAAAUUAAGUGAUUUUUUUGCUUCUCACACUUGCAUGCAUUUGAGCAUGUCUGAAGUCUUUUCCAGACUCAAUAUUGUUUUGUUAACUUAACCAUUCUGACAAGGAAGUAAAGCCAAAUUUUCCUGCU